UCAUGGCUUUUGUUAGUAUUACUAAUAUUGUUGUUGAUGACAAAUCCUAACCAUUUACUAGUCCAAUAACAAUGGAUAUAUACUUUGAUGUAAUAGCAGACAUUGAAGAUGAAAUAGAAUGGACGUAAUAAAUUAUUUAUUAAUCUUAGUCUUCUCUAUAUAGGUUCUCCAAAAGAUGAAGCUCAUGAUUAAAUAUUAGACUAAUUUUCUAUGGGACCUUUGACUAAGGGAACUAAGUAAUUUACUCUUGAAUCAAAUCCUCCAGAUUGGAAAAAAAUUCCAUAAGAUGAAUUAUUGGGUAUUACUGCUUUUAUCUUGACUUGUUCAUACAGACAAAGAGAAUUUUUUAGAGUUGGAUAUUAUGUCUAUAAUACCUAUACAUCCCCUGAAAACAUUGAAAACGACCCCUAAGAAGUCAUAAUAGAAGAUAUUGCUAGAUAAAUCUUCAAUAAUAAACCCCGUAUAACUCGAUUUGAAAUUGAUUGGAAUAACCCUGCUAAUUCUGAUGUUCAAUAACAGCCAAUUUAAACAAAAGCUUAUAUGUUUUAAGAAUAAUAAGAGAAAUAAUCAGCUGAUGCAACAGAAGUUUAUAAUGCUCCUCAUUAGAUUUAAAAUGUAUUUGAUUCUUGAUC